CAUGGCUUCUCUAAGAUUUUACGAAUGCUAGGUAAAUAAAGAGAAUAUUAUCAAUCGAUGAAUGCUCUGAAAGGAAAAUGAGUAUAAAACGAAAUGUCAUGAAAGAAUUCUUUUGUGAAAUUGCAAAGAAAAAGGAAAUGACUCGUUAUUGACAAAGAAAAGCAAGUAAUAAAUAACCUGCGAUGAUGAUGGUGAAACUCAAACCUCCAGAAAUAUAACAUUCCAUCCACAGAAAGCUAUGGACACAUUGCUGGCAGAGUCUAGAUCAUCAGUAGAUGUGCCUGCCCAUAUAAUCGCACAGACUACACCAGAACCAUUGGCAUCACAGGAGGUUGUCACCUUGUCCAACACUGAAAAUGUCUCUAGCGUUUUUGAGCUGGGAUUCCAGCAGGAUAUAAAAGACCUUGCCUCAGAAUUUUCACAUGUGUCUGAUACUGAGAUAACACAGGAUUCUGUAAAUCAUGUGCUUGAAAGUCCUUACAUCAAGCUCUUGAAAUUGAGAUUUAACACUCUUCCUGACAAACAGGACUUUAACCCCGUUAUUGAUGAGGAGUGUUUUGAAUAUCCAGAUGAACUUUUGAAUUUUAACAGACUGAUGAUUUUCAUAAGAGACAUACAAUAAAGCCUUAAUUUAGAAGUAAGCUGCUAUUGAUGAAUAAAGCAAUGUUAUUACUUCGUUUUUGUUCCUCUUGUUUCGGUCUG